CACAGUAGUUUGAUACGGUUACAAUCCCUGGUUCACGUGGGUACAAAACAAUCAAACAGACUACUACGGAAAAAAGUAGAGAAGAUUUCUGGCGUCCCUGAUCGUAACUGAUGUAAAUAACGUGGCUGCUCUCAGUAUUGUGGGAUAUUGUGGCGACCCUUGUACCAUUAAUAAUUAUUGUUCCUUUCACCCAGAGUCUUACACUAUUGAAAAUUACAGCUGGUAUUUACAAUAUUAUAUUUCAAAGUAGACUUAGGACUUCGUAAUAAAAAUGGAUCUACAGAAAAGGAAGAAGAACUUUUUUCAAAAGAACGGAAAUAACCAAAAAAAGCGUAAACAAUUCAGUUUGGAACCAGGUAUGAUGGGUUUCUUAUGCACGUGCAAUUUUCGUGAGAAAGAUUGCAUACGCGACGCUUACAAAUUAUUGAAUGAGUUUGCUGAUGAGAUUUAUGGAUCGAAUGCCCCAAAGGACUCUGAUAAUGUUAAUACCGAAGUGUCGGAAACAACACAAGAUGAUUCUGUUAGCGAAACAGAAGAAGAUAUAUCAACUGCUUUAAAUAAAGAAAUUAAUGAAUUAAAGGCAGAAUAUACCAAACCAGUGGCUGCUAGACGAUUUCAGGUAGUUGAUACUGGUGCGAAGAAUGUAAUUUUUAUAAGAACUACAUUGUCAAAUCCUUUGGAACUAGUCACUAAAAUAGUUACAGAAUUGGACAAAACUAAACAACAACGUACAAGAUUUUUACUAAGAUUACUUCCAAUUGAAGUUGUAUGCAAAGCAUACAUGAGUGAUAUAAAACAGAAAGCAGAUGUCAUACUAGAAAAGUAUUUUGCACAAGAACCAAAAACCUUCAGUAUUGUAUUUAAUCGUCAUAGCAACAGUAACAUACUUAGAGAGGAGGUUAUUGAAGAUUUAGCAGAAAUAAUAAAUAAGAAAAAUCCUGGAAAUAAAGCAGAUUUAAAGAAUCCAGAACUUGCUGUGAUAGUGGAAGUAAUACGUGGCGUCUGUCUUAUAUCUGUUGCUCCAAACUAUUACAAAUUUAAAAAAUAUAAUUUACUUGAAAUAUGCAACAUUAAGGAAUCUGCUAACAAUACAAAGAAAAUAAGUUCUGAAGAAAAUGAAAAUUCUAAAGUUAACGAGGAAGAUUCCAAAGAUAACAAGAAAGAUUCCAAAGAUGACAAGGAAGAUACCAAAGAUGACAAGGAAGAUUCCAAAGAUAACAAGGAAGAUUCAAAAGUCAAUGAGAAACAGUCAAAACAGAAUGAAAAUUUGUUAGAAGAGACUGAUAGCAAAACAGCAAGCAAUUAACACUGAUUCAUUUAACUUUUUUUAAUGGUUUACGAAUGGUUAUUUUUAAGUUUUUUAUUGUAUGUAAACGAAAAAAAUCAUCAUACAUAGUUGUAAAAAUAUAGCUCCUAUUUCAUUCACAAUUUAUUCUAAACUCAUUUUC